UCCGCCGGCGGUGGCGGCAUGGCGGGCUUGGGGCUGCUGGCCCGGCUCGGUGCACGGCUGCGGGCGGUGGCGGCGGCGCCGGGGAGGCCGCUGCGGGCGGUGACGGCGGCGUCCGGCCAUAGCUGGCAGCUGGGCUUUGCAGCCAGGCCUGUGCACGAUGCAACAUGGUGGCACGAGCAUCUGUCUGAAGAGAACGAGCAGUUCCUCAGGAAGGCGGCAGCGGAGGAGUACAGAGCGCAGACAGUCAGCAAGCUGUGCCCACUGAAGGACGAGCCGUGGCCACUGAAUGAGUGGAAACCAGAUUCUGUCAGAGUUGGUGUUGUUGCAGUGAAACUGGGAAUGAUGCCAAUAUGGACCAAGUCAGGAAAGAAGCACGCUGUCACACUGCUUAAGGUGCAAGACUGCCAUGUUUUGAAGUACAUUUCAAAGGAAGAGUCAGGUGGAAAAAGAGCAAGGCUACUUGUUGGAGGGAAAAACGCAUCUCCUUUUUCUAAAUCAGAGGCUGAAAUGGAAAUUUUUAGAGAAGCUGGAGUACCAAGGAAGCAGAAAGUUACAUCAUUUAAUGUGACAGAUGAUGCCAUAAUUAAACCAGGUACUCCUCUGUAUGCUGCUCACUUCCGCCCGGGGCAAGUUGUGGAUGUUACUGCAAAAACAAUUGGUAAAGGGUUUCAAGGUGUCAUGAAAAGGUGGGGAUUUAAAGGCCAGCCUGCCAGCCACGGCCAAACUAAAACUCACAGACGUCCUGGAGCAAUAUCUACCAAUAAAGUUUCCAGAGUUUUUCCUGGAAAGAAAAUGCCUGGUAAAAUGGGUAACAUCUAUAGGACGUCUUUUGCAUUAAAGGUGUGGAGGAUCAACACAAAAUAUGAUAUUAUUUAUGUACAUGGCUCUGUUCCGGGUCACACGAAUUGUCUGGUGAAGGUCAGAGAUACAAAACUGCGUGUUUACAAAGACUGCAAUAAAAACCCUCCUUUCCCCACGUUUUUUGCUGAUGGAGAUGAAAAACUACCAGAAGACUUGUACGACCAGGACAUGUUCCAGUUCACAGAUCCAUCGGUCACAUACGCGUAAUGUUUUUGAUAUCUUGAAAACGUGGAAUUUUCUUAUUUUUAUGAACUUUGCAAUGCUGUAUAAAAGUAAACCAAUGAAUUGCAAUCUGGCCAACUGACCCGGAUGUUUCAUAUAUUGCUGUUUCGGUCAGGUAAAAACUCAAGAUUGUUGAUAAAUCAGCAGGUGAGUCUGAGGGACAGGUUGCAAAGCUUAUCAGAGCAGUUAGUCUUCAUCUUUGUCAGCUAUCUUUUGUCCUGUGCCAUAGGCUGUGAAAACUUAGAGAUUUCUGGAAACUGUUGAAGAUGGCUUUAGUUUGAUCUUCUGAAUACUACCAAACUCUGUGUUUGUCCUCUUUGGAAACUAGCCUGGGCAACUCUGAUCAGUCAAAAAAAACUUUCAGAUAGGCUUUUGCAUCUGAGGGGGUGAAUAAAUCAGAUACAAAUCCAACUUAAUAAAGAAUAGCUCAGAAUAAAAAGGGAAAAUACACUGAUUUGGGCUUGUUUUAUUUCUUUUCACCAGAGCUCUUUCCUUUUGCUUUAACGUUCUGAGUUGAAUUAGCAGAUACCCAACAAAUUUCCUGUAAGAGGGAUCAUGUCAACCACUGUCAGUCUCUUCAGAGAGAGUGUGUGUACGGCAAAGAGGUGUUCAGGUGGGAAAUGCUCAGUAACAAAGAAUCACUAAGACUGCAGUGGCCACCUGUUUGCUACCUUCACUGAUACCUUCUUCACAGAGGCUCCCUUGCAUGUUCCUGGGAGUCACGUCACUGCAUUUAAGAUAGUCUCUGCCUUGGAUUCUUGUGGUGUUACAGGAGAGCUUUCAUAAAAGAGGCCAAAUGCGAAGAAUUUCUCUAUGCUAAUGAUUAGCUUUCUUCUACUCCACCUUUUAAUAGUGGGCUUCUGUACACUCUUUUUAUUCUUGAUGUGAUUUCCUAUUUAUAAGUCUGAUCUUCUGGACACUGUAAGUCCUCUUGCACGCAGAAGCAAAUAUCUGUGUAAAUAUCUGUGUCAGGGUGCCAUCUGAACAUUUAUUUACAAACCCUACAGCAGUUAAAGAAUUUACAUCUCUUGAGCUACUAUUAAUAUUUUAUUAGUGCUGUCUGUUCAUCUUUGCAGCUUCAUCACAAGAUAUCACAUACCUUAAAAAAAACAUCCUUGCUGAUACCAGUUUAAAAGUGAUGUUCUUGUCUUUAUGAAAUCUCUGUCAGUCCCUGAGGUUAUUUUGAAUUUUUUGUAAUAGCUUGAAGAAAUCCCAUGCUAUCUUAAAAGAGGCUACGUGAUCAGGUAAAUAUCUACAUUGUGGCAUACUCUUAGUUGGAUUCAGCCAGAUUUUAAAUCAAAUAUUCAGCACGCUGAUUAAAUCAGAUAACAGCACUCCCCUUCUGCUUCCCCUUCUCUUCAGUAUCAUUGGCUCUGCAAGUGCAGGCAUCUCACAGCACAUGUGACUCAAUAACCUGUACACUGUAGCAAACAAGCAGUGGUAUGCAGCAUUUUGGCUGCAGUACUAGCAGUGAGUGCAAUCUGUCACACAUACAGGAUAGUUGCGAUUUCCCAAGGAGAUGUUUGAUCUUCCAUCUCCUGUUAAUGCAGCAGAGUUUAGAAAUUGCAGCAUUUCAAUACUUGCUGUCAAACACAUGUAGAUCAGGAGAUUUCCAACUGCCUAGUUUGUGUCCUGCUCUGGUUUAUAAGAUAAUUCUGGUGGAUACAAACUUUGCACAAGGAGAUCAUUUCAUGCAUGUAUGGAAACAGCCUAGCAAGUACAGGAGAGCUCUGAGUAUUGUGCAGGAGCUGUUGGGCUGGACUUACACUGCUGCUGCUAGGGGGAGGAGGGAGGUGGUGGGGAGCUGCUUGCCUGGGGCAGGAGUUAGAGCCCUGGAGCUACUCCUGGGAGCUGCUUAGUAAGUCUCAAGGUGUCAUUCAGUUGGUUUGUAAUGACUUUUUGUUUGUUUUUAUUAUAAUGGCCCUUGACUGUCAGUGAGGAGGUCAUGACAGAGAUAGCAUUCUCCUGCUUAGUUUGUCAGCCAGAAGGUCCAGGACUGUGAGAUUCUUUCCAGUACUUCAUUAUAUUUUGAAUUAGCUUUCAGUGCUUGCCUUGGUAAACACCAAGUAUCAAAUGUGAGCUUAAGGGGAACCAUACAUUUAGAAAAAUAAAUUAAAAUGAGACUUCAAUAUGAGGGGAAUGUUGGCAACCUGCUUCAGUUGCUGUUUCUGUAGUAAGAGAAGCACUGUUCCCUUUUUGCCAUUAGUUCUCCUGUCUCUUGUGCUAAGAAUAGGUUUCUUUUUCUGAAAAGGCAAACCAAGGCUUUGUUGCAAAUGGAUACCUGUGCAUGUUGUUACUUUUCUGAAGAGUUCUGUGCUGUCAGGAAAUGCGCUCAGGCAGUUACAGAAUCGCAAAAUAAAGAGACUGUCCAUAUUAUCUCUAGACUAUUAAAGAAGGAGCAGAACAUGUUACCAGGAAAAAAUCCAUGAGUUUUUAAGACCGUGAUUGUGAGUAGAUCUGUUGACUCCUAUAUUUUCUUGCUAUCUUAGCAGGAAGCCUUCUGUGCAGCAAUUCUUAGAUAUUCUGGCGAAACAGUCCUAUACACCAGUAUGCUCCCUGGGGAUUCAGUUGUGCCCAGACCUGGGGACAAAGGCAGAUUGCAAGCAUUUCUUUCAUUCUUAGCCUGUUUUCUUUAUCCAUUUGUGACUGAAAGGACUGUUGGUUUAGCACUGAGUCUCAUGUCCAGAAGCACAUUACUGCUGCUUGUUGUGGGGGAAAAAGAGGGGGUGCUUUUAGCAUCACUGACACUGCUUUGGAGGAGUCUGUAGGGUUAAGCAUCAGCUGUAUCCAUGACUGCGUGGCGUGACUGCUUUGAAAAAUAAAUACUCUUUAUUAAUAACCUCUCUCAGUGGUUCUGUAACAGUACACGGAUAAACAGUGGCAAGCAUACAAUAUAAGUUGAAGGUAAAAAGACAGCAGGAAGAGGAAAUCAAAACACUCAUCUAUCACUUGACAACAUAAUUGCAGCCAUGGGUGAUAAACAAGAAACGUUCAUUUCACUCAAAUCCAUACUUCUAAAUACCAUUGCUCUGUCAUUAUGUGAGACUGAUAAACAUUUUCCUUUGUUACCUUCACUUGAUGUGGAAAACUGUGGUUUGUUCUGCUAGCAUUUAAUAAAUAUUAUGCUAGUAAGCCGAAGUGAUGACAGGAGUUUGUUUGUAGAAUUUCACCCUUCUCCACCCUCCAUGUGGAUUUCACAGUCUGGGAAGGGCAGAGCUUUUCUUAAAAUUACUGUUUCAUUACCAGCUUCGUACAAUCUAGCUCACAAGCUGGGAUUGCUAAUGUAGCAUUUUAAUAACUAGCUGCAGCUCUGAAAGGUGAAGUGUGGUACAGUGAGAUUAGAUGUCAAUGCAGGUAUGGUCGUGGAAUGAGAAGUGACGAAACCCCAGGAGGACUUGUGGCUCUGUAAAGCCUUCCAGCACAGAAAGGCAGUUGUGCUGGUAAUACCCUGGGCAAAUCUGACAACUGUGAUCUUCCAAAUUACACCUCCAGAGAAGACUGAAAGAAGAUUGAUUGCCAUAUAAACCACGGGGGAGCUGACUUGUGUCUUCCAGCUGUCUCCACAACAGCCAGCAGUGGUGAGCCAAGGUGCCUCCCAGUCUGAUAACCAACACCUGAGGGGACUGGUGGUCUCAUUCAUUCCAUCAGUGCCAUGUUUGUAAGUACAUUGCUUGGCUGGAAGCAAUCUCCUAGUUUAUUUCACACCCACAUUUCUUGAAAUUUCAUCUGGAAGCCUCUACACCCUGGGUCUUCUAAUAAUCAGCUCCUGUGCCCUUCGGUGCGCAGCCAUUGCUUAUUAAUUGCAUUUUAACGAGCAUCUCUCACCUGCAGGGAGCUGCUCUGCACUACAGUAUAUAAUGUAGCACGGUAUUGUUUAUUGUAUUCAUACAUCACGCUUGGUGGCUCUUAGCACCUGUAAAUACAUGCAAAAAUGCUGGCCUUGGUCUUGAGUAUUCAUUUAUUGAUUCUGGAGAAAAUGUGCAGUUUCUGGUGGAGGCAUUUAAGUCAAUUAUAUCUUGUUUCAUCACCCCUGCUAUAGGCAGGGACAGCUUCCUGUAGACCAGGCAGUUCAAAGCUCCAUCCAGCCUGGCCUUGAAAGCCUCCUUGGAGGGGGCAUCCACAGCCUCUCUGAGCAACCUUUUUCAGUAUCUCACCACUCUCACAGUAAAGAAUUUCUUCUUGAUAUCUAGUCUAAAUCUACCCUCUUCCAGUUUAAAGCCAUUUCCCCUCAUCCUGUUGCUACCUGCCCUUAUAAAAAGUCCCUCCCUAGCUUUCCUGUAGGGCUCCCUGUAAUAAAUCACACCAGCAAGAGAAUGCAUUUCCUUUGGUGCAGCUCUGCUGUGCUUGAAGCAUGGCAACAAAACAAAUCUUUAUAAAGCUGGCAGUUCUUUCUGGGGGCUGUAGCAGCAUAUAUGAAGACUGAUGUUCUCUGAAUUAAUGCAGCCUGUUGACCUACUUCAUGAAGCACCCAAGCAGGAACUGGAGAGGAUAGCUGUGUAAAUAGUAAGGAACUGCCCUUCUAUGUAGCACCAGUUCAGUACCCAGCCCUUCUGUCAUUAAGCGACUUGCAUGUCUCCCCUCAGUUUAGCUGUGUGUGUGCAUGGUAUGAGUGUGUCAGAGGGGAGAGCAUCACAAAAAGUUUUCCAGCAGCAUUGAUGCCCAUGGUGAGACGAGGGCUACUUAUGCCCAAAUUCUCUCCCUUAUUUGUUCUGCUUUCCUCAUUGCUAUACAAUGCCAUGUGUAGGUUCCCACCUAUGUGGAUUGCUGUUGACAUUCCAUACCAGAAUCAUUCCUGAGUUUGAAUACUGAGGACCUGUGCUAUGUUUGUGCUUAGUGAUCUCAGUGGCCAAUCAGUCAUUAAUGGAAUCAGAACACCCAUGUAUCUACUGCCUAGGACACACUGAAAUUCACUGUUUGUGAAUAAUUUGAUUUUUUGAAUAAAUUAAUCUCUACUUUCAUGGCAGUAAAUUUGGACAUUAGAACAGAACCCAGAACAUGCAAUCAGCUAAGAAAGCAAAUGCAGUUUCCAGUGUGAAAGCAGAAAAUGGCUUAAGUUAUCUUCCGUGAUGUGUCUGCUGGAGAUGGGACCUUCUGUGCUCUGGUGCAUCUCAAAUUCCAGGGUGUAAAACCUUCUGGCAAAAGCUGUACAUAUUGAAGUCAAACCAUGGAUAAAGCCAGCUUUGGGGGAUUUGGGAGGAAUGGGCUUAGAAGGCAGAUUUUUAGCCAAAAAAAACCUGUUUAAACCAAUUUCAUAUUGCUUGGUUUGUGCUAUAUAAUUUGCUUCACAUUUCCCUGGGUGACAGAAGCUUGCAGUCAGCCAAGUUGAGUUUUCAUCUGUAUUUUCAUCUCCUUUCUCAUUUCCUUUCUAAGUAGUAGAAAGCCUUAAAAAAUGUGUUUUCUGCAGGUGCUCAAAACAAUAACCUUGAAGAGGGUCCCCUGACAACCUGCAGCUCUGUUGAAAAGCACUAUGAUUCAUCUUUCACAGGCAAGACACAGUAAUUUUGUAAACCUUUCUUUUUUUUAUUUCUAGAAGAUCAAGAUGGAACACCAAUGUUGCUGGAGCAGAGGCUUUUGUGCAAGUGGCCUCUUCAAAAGCAAUCUUACACAGAUUCUCACCAAAUCCUGCAGUAAUGUAUUAUUGCUCCGUGCAGCAACAAUGUGUUGUUGCUCACUCACAGUGUGAUGUACGGGUUUGGUGCCUCAGUUUUGUAAAGAAUUUGAAUGCAUUGCUUGGCAUUGCACCAAAGAUGCAUGAGAGCAUUUGGCAGCAGGUGAUAAGAGGGUUAAAUUAUGCUGUGCAGUUCAAAAACACUCUGCCUUCCUCUUCCUUUAUUUUGCAGGCCUGAAAGUUUAUCACUGCAUAUGGAGCAAGAGUUGGAUAGACAAGAAGCAGAUUUGAUUUAUCUUCCCUCAUCUUUCAUUUCUCUUGAUCACAGGUCAACAGAAAACUUCUUUCCCUGGAUGCUGCUUAAAGAGAAAAAUCAGUCAUUUUCUGUGAAAUUGACAGUUGAUAUCUAAACUGCUAUUUCACCCCGCUGAGAAGGUGCUGCAAAAUGUCGUACCGCUCUUCCUCACCUAACCAUGGCCACUGUGCCUGUGGGCUGACUGCAUGGCUGCCGGGCCUGUGGGCCGAUGGCACGACUGCUGGGCCUACCUGGUGUUGACUGCACCCAACCCUGUUGUGCACGCAGUCUGGAAGGAGUUUUGGGUAGGCUUGGUCCUUCUGUGCCAUUGGAAAGCACCUGGUGCAGCAGCUCUUAUAGCUGUGUAUGCCUGUGUUUGUGUGCUGGUGGGGUGCUCAGUGAAGGCUUAUUUAUUUCACCAGCUCUGAGCUGGUAGCGCCAUUGCUGUUUGCUUGCUUCUGAUGAGGAGGCUCAGUGACAGGUUUUCAAGCAUCGUCUGUUUACAGUUCAGUGAAACCGCUCCAGUUGGGAAAGCGGUCUGAUCCCAUCAUUCUUUGAAGGGAGAAAAAAAGUCAACAGACUCCUGAAACUUCAGUGGAGACGUGGCAGGAAAGCGCUGGCCCUCUCCCCCACUGUGCAGCCCUCUCUGGCAGAUGUUUACCAACGUACUCUGAUGCAAACACAGCGCUUGCUUUUGUCUGAAAUACAUCUAUGUCAGAAAAGUAAUCAGGCGCUGUCAUCUGGCCUCAUUGCAGGCAGUGUUCUGACUGGUCACCUUCUCCUAAUCACUUAAUGAGCUUCAUUGCAAAUUAUUAAAAGUAAUUGCUGAUUUGCAAGCAUAGGGAGAUGGUGACAAAACCAUUUCAUAGUUACCAAACAUCGGUGUUAAAAUAAUUGCUGUUAUAUAAGUAAGUACUUCAUCUAUUAAAUCACAUUUAAGAAACCUAAUGAAUUAUUAGUGCCCAGCUCUUGGCUUCUGAAGUAUUUUUACGACCACAGCCUAUACUAUAUAUAUAUACUAUACUAUAUAUAUAUACUAUACUAUACACACAUUUAAGUUUAAGCUGGUAAGCAGAGGCUGCAAGAGGGCACAAGUACAUCAACUCUUGGCAAACUGCAAGAUUUAUCUCCUUUCCCACAGCCUGUGGGAUCUGAGUGACACAACAGAGGACAAGCGCUUGGUGAGGUGCUGGAGACAGAGAUUGCUCAGAGAGAGGGUUUGGAGGAGAGCUGAGGGCUGGCAGAUGAAGGGAGGGCAAGGCUGGAGGGAGAUCUGGGAAUGAAGAUGUCCCACCUCAUGGUGAAUGUGCUUUAACCCAGUUGAUAAGAUAAGCAGCCCUUGAAAGGAGAAGUUCAGGCACACAAUCUUCAGAAGAAGCAUCUGAGUACUGAGUUAUUUCCUGAGAGAGUGCCUGCUGGCCGCCCGCAGAUAGAUUUUGAUUCCUGGAUUAAGGGCAGGAAUUGAAGUCAGGCCCUGUCUUCAGUGAUUGCUCUCAGCUGUCCUGAGCCAUCCGCUGCCCGCUGUAGUGGUGCUGUGCACCUGUGGGGCUGGGAUGACUUUGAUCAGGGACCAUCAGGACACAAGGACCUGUCAUUCUGAAGCCCAGGGCCUAUGUUGAGGUAUUUGCCAGCCUCUAUCCCACUGCCCUCCUCUCAUUUGUCUCCAUUUGCCUCCCCGUGGCAGCGGCUGUCACUCAUUUAAUGGCAAACUAAAUUACCACCAGUGACCUGCCAGCUCUGUCAGGGCCUCACUGCAGCAGACACCAAGACAUGGGGAAAGAAGAUGCCGUGCAUGAGGGAGAGGGGAGAUGCACAGAAGAAGUUUGGAAGAGGACUUUGUUCUGCGUCUCAUGCAUAGCCACAGUUAGCUACAGUGGAACUGUUGAUCAGGCCUGGAUGUAAUGAUACCUCUGCUGCUUGGUGUCGGUGGUGUGACAGGACUGUAAAAGUCCCACUCCUCAUCCUCUGACAGUUUGCUUGGAAUUCAACAUGUCUGACAGUGCCUGUGACUGAUUACAUCUACGGCUCGCUGGCAGUUCGUACACAGCACAGGAGACAUAAACAUCUUGACAAAAUCCUAAAGGGUGAUAAUAUCCUAGUAACAACUAAGCUUUCUUCUUCUCUCUUCUUUUUCUUCUGUUUUUUUUUUCCAUUGUAACAGCCAGCCAGGGCUGGAGACCCCGACUAUCUCUGCUUGUGGAAGUUUGCCAGUUCUGCAAAGAACAGAAGAUGUUUGGCUCCUUCAUUGCAGAGAUCUGGAAAAUAGAUUUAAUUACAUUUAGAUUUAACCUGCUUUCCUCUCUGCUUCAUUCAGUUUUCCUUUCCAUUUAAAUAGGGAAUGACAGGGCAGGAUCUGAUCAUUUUUGCCUUUUGUGGAUUAGGGUGGGAGUAUUCAAAGGAUUAUUUAAAUCCCACAAGGUUAUUUCGUUUACGGAUUGGAUCCUGUAAUAUCUAGCUCCAAAUUUUACAGGUUCACGUAUCAAGUAACCAAAUUGCCUGAGUUAACUAAAAUCUAUCAGGUAGAUACAAUCUCUAAUCUCAUGCCUUCUCAUUGUGAAGUCAUGCUUUUAAAAAAAAUUCCUAGGAAUAGAAAUGUACACUUUUGUAUUUUCUGCUGCAAAGCCCAACCCAAGGGAAGUCCUGUGGGAUGAGUGUAUCUGAGUGUGCUGACUCCACAGUGACAACAGCUUAGAGGGAAGGGGAGGGCAAGAUUUACUAAGAGGGCUCAACACCUACAUGUGGCUGUAGGGCAUGGCGUGUGCCAGGCUGCUGGACCACGUGUGCUUCCCAUUUGGGAACUCAACUAAGCUGAUGCUGAGUGCCUUGGUGAAGUCUCCGCCCUAAAUGACAUUAAUUAUGUCCCAAGAAGGGCACGUGCAGCAGGGAAUUGGAGUUAGGGGAAAAUAUGCAACUGAAAAAGUUUUGUUUGUACCCAGGAAAAUUACCUAACUCUAAUGUUAAAUAAUUCAGUGCUUUCCUACCUUCCUUCAGUAAUUCCUGUCAUGAAGUUGCAUGCAGUAGCUGCAAAGUGCUGUAGGCUAUGAUAUUGAAUUGAACUCAGGGCUCAGGUGUUAGGGUUUUCAGUGAGUUCAUCCAUCUGUAAACCAGCCAGCCCUUUAUGAGAAAGAAAGAGAAAAGAAAACUAUCUUGCUGAUCAUUUAUCCCUAACAAAAGUACGGAGACCUGUGUGCAUCCUUUGCAUGGACAAAUGCGGUACGGCUCUCCUUUGUGUGCUGAGCAGAUGUAGCACGGGUUUCGGAUGAGUUGCAGUGGCACAGACUGCAAAGCAACAAAGCCAAGCAAGUCCUCGGGGACCUGCAAUCAGCAUUCAGAAAAGCAGAGCCAAGCUAUUCUUCAGUGUGAAAAAUUUCAGGUCAUCUGAUGACAGCGCGUGCACCACUAAUUGUGGUGGGAGGAAACUAAAUGCUCAUUGGAAAUUUUUCCUCACCUUCAUUUUCCCCUUCAGGAUUGGCUGUGUCUUGCCCAGCUGAAGCUUAUGAUGAUGCAGGUGGGAAAUGAAGGAGCUGGUAUUGCCUGUAUGCUGUGCCUGCAGUGAAGUUGCUGCCAGGUAUUGACUUCAUAAGGAGCUUAGAGUUAUUUCCCACAGCCCAUGGAUGGCUUCCACUGCCCCACAGCUUGUCUUGAGGGCUACCAACAGGUUACUAGAAGCCAAUCAUGUUUACUACAUUUAUUGAACAGGCAGAAGGCAACCAGGACACUUCAGCUGGUCCAGGAGCAGCAGCUUAUGGUCUAACAUGGAGGCUUAGGGCUCCCUGUGAGCAGGGGAAGACUCAAUCUGCACUACUGUGCUAAGGGUUUCUGUAGGGGUCUGUGUUCAUGCCUUGGACUGCACAUUCCUUCCGCAGAGCAGCAGCAAUGUUGCCUCUUACAGAAAGAAGACCUGGUUGGUUUUUUCUGAUACCUUAGCAAAACCACAUACUGGAGCUGUUAGAAACUCAGAGGAGGAGAUUUGAGCCUUGAAAUGAACCAGAAAACAAAUGUAAGUUUAUUAUUUUAUGUUGUUAUAAAAGGAAACCUUUUGCUGCUUUUUGAUGUCUUUCACUAUAAUUAUUCUCAUGUUCACACAGACCUUGUGAAAUCCAGGCAGCAUAUGAAGGAUCUUGUUAAACGCAAGUUGCAUCCAACCCUAGUUCCCCAUUAGCAUUCAUGCCAGGGCAAUAAGAGAGGAGGAGACAAGCUCCAUUUGCAACUUCUAUUAUCACAAGAAAUUCACCCCUUUUUAUUUUGGGUUGACCACAUUUUUUCCUACAAUGCUACAAGUGUCACUGUCUAAUUAAGAUGCAUAGAGCAAGGUGGAGAAGGUGGGCCCAUGCUUUCAAACGUUUGCUUUACAUAUGGUUUUAUAGGAGCUUCCCUUGCAGAAGAGACAAUACCUUCUGGAAGAGAAUGCUCUGAGGGAUUUGAGCCAUGCAGAUGAUGGGAAGGCAACUUCGGUGCCUUGGCAGCUUGGUACUCAGCUUGCAUUUGUGGGGCUCAGUGAACACCGCCCUGAAUUGUCCAUAUUUUAAGUAUAUGCCAGCAACUUGAUAUUGUUGGCUAGGAAAUGACCAAGAAGAAAUUGAUAAAAGACUGUUCUGCUCUUUGUUCAGAAGGGAUAAGGACUUUUUUUAAUGAAACAUGAUCUGCCUUGCUGUGCAUUUCAUACUGCCAGCACAGCUAUCUCACACCUCCUGACUGUAGCUAUAGUUUAAUCACGAGAUGUGUUUCAUGCUGGAGCAAGCCAUGCAGCUAUAAUCAUGUUUUCAUACAAAAACUCCAUCUGAGCUGUCUUUGCUUUUGCCAGAAAUCCUUAGCUAUGCUAGUGGACCUGCUCAUUUCAGUGGGCUCUCCCUGCAGUUUUUCACUGGCCCUUCCUGAGCCCAGCUCUGGCAGGCUGCGUGCCACCCAUCAAGUGCCAUCCUGUUGCACUGCACACUGUGGGGCUGGACAACAAAGUCUGGGAUCCAAGAAUUGUCUUAGGAUGUUGCAAAUUGAAUCCAGCCUUAGUCUAUAAGCAUUGUCCUAGCUCUAGUCAUGCCUCCAAGUGAAGAUGCUCCAUGGUUGAGUUUCUAGCCGCAGGCGUUCUCUGAAUCUCCAGUGAAGGGUAAGCUGGUUUUGUCACACCAGUCCCCUUCAACACCAGAAAUACGAUUUCACCCUCUCUUAAUAGAUGACUUUGAUUCAACAUAUGGAGGCUAGAGAUUCAGCCUUUCUGAUUUCCACCUGUGGUGGAUAAAACUGGCUGUGAAUUAUUUAUAGCAUCAAUCUGAGCCCUUUUUUUUUUUCCUUUUAAACUCGUGAAUUAAGCAGAGUUCAAAUGAGUGUCUGAGAGAGAGGAGGUGGGAGGCUUUAAAGAGGUGAAAAUAACAGGAAGACAGCUGCUGCGUGUUGGCUCGAUCAGUGUGGUUCAGCACCCUGUGUCGAUCUGGGGACGGACUGCCUCGCAUUAAUCAGAAUAUGGUUAAUAUUAAAAAAGCAGAGGAACUCUUGUGACUGGUGCUGGGUUUGCAUUAAUUCUGCCAUUUAGCUUUCUCCGCAGGCUCAUCAAAAAUAGAAAGAGCCAUUGUUAUGAUGAUUGCUGGGUUUCUUUUCAGAGCAGCGGAAGAGGGGAAACGAGACACAAUUUAGGCUUUACAAUUUGGAGAUGCAGGGAGAGAAGUCCGAACAGUUGCUUUGCCUGCUAUUACAGCGAACGCUUUCAACCUCUCUGCAGAAGCCCAUCCUGCCGAGCGGGGGGGCCCUGGCAAGUGCUGAGCUCCUCUCCUCCAGCUCCUCUGCAGAAUGAAUGCAGACCCAGUGUGGGGCUGCAGCAACCCAGCAGGGCUCUGGAUGAAAGGUCCCAUAGCUCAACUAAGGACCAUCACCCACCUCUCCCCCUGCAGAACACCAGAUGGCUUUGUCCAGGGGGGCACUGGUUCCUCCAGAAAACCUCUGCUGAACUCUGCAGACUGCAGGUUUCUUCCUGUCUGAGCUAUAAGCACUUAGGGGUAGGUACGUUUUUUGUGCUCAGAUGCCUGUAAGAGCCCUCUGUGAGUUGGUUGCUCUGUGAGUAGCAAUGGCAGUUGGCUCACACUGAGAAGCUUACGCAGUACAAGGUCAAGCAGGAAGAUAUCCCCCCUGCUGAGUGCAGGGGAAGGAUCUGGAAGGGGGUCCUGGCUCUCCAGACAAAGUUCUGGGGGACUGGGGGAUUGCUCUGCGUGUGGGACCUAUGAAGGACCUUCAUGGAUCCAAGCUGCCAUUUCAGGUGGCCUGCCACAGGCCCUUGAUCACAGGAGCCUUUUCUAUUACUGUGCUUAAUUUCUUUAACCAGAAGAAGCAAACACACUCUAUGUUUUUCCCCUCUGAUUUGGUUAGUGAGUGAUGUGUUCACUUUCUCUUUUCUCAUUACUAACUGAAGAACCUUGCAUCCUUUUUUUUUUUUUUAAAUGUAAUAAGCAGUUAACAGGUAACUUACUUCAGGUGUUCUGAGGACACAGCUGUGUCACAAUGCAACAGAUCAGCUGUCUUGUACAAUCUUGGUAAAUGGACAGAAGCAAAGCUUUCAGCCUGUAAUCACUUAUGGAGAUAUCCAGAAUAUAUUCAGGUAUUCAGAUCAUUAAGCUAGCAGUUUUUGUCUGCUCUACAUUUUCAAACAACAGAAAAGCUGCUAAUACUUUCAAGAAAGAUAACUAUUUAACUAACAUCCAAUACAAUACCAUAGCAAGUAAUAAGCUUUACGUGCCCUUCUUAUGCUGGGGACACAGGCAUGGUGCAGGAUUGGCCACAGUCGUGCACAGAUCCCACCUGUGGUGAGGUCUGACAGCUCUGUGUCCAUUUGCACUCUUAUGGAGCCUUGCUUGCCAUGCAGAUUUAUUGGUCAGGUCUGAGAUGGAGAACCUGAAGGCUCCCUUGGGGAAUAUGUAAUAAUAUUCUUCACAUAUUAAUAAAUCUAUAAUUCCUAGGAAGAGCACUUCAAAUACCUACUAGGAUUAGGCAGCAGUUGCACAGUAUUUAUGAUACAGAGGCAUACUACUGGACUGACUGUAGUGUGGAUUUGGAUAAGGUAGGAUUGCAUGCAAACAUUCAGCUUGCAGAGUAUUACAGCAGCCCAUUACUUGUUUGGGACAAAUGGUCUCCCCUGUAACUGCAGUGCUUUUCAGCAUUUUGGUCAUGGACAACCAGCAGCUCCUGCCCAGGCUCUGUAGAGGAGCUAGGCGAACCCCACAUGAAAAACUGGUAAUAAACUGGCUGUGUUCAACACGUAAUACUGAAAACAUUUUUACUGCAUUAAACAGUAGGAAAUUGCACUGCGGAGAACUUUCUUAGCAGGCUUUUUGUUGUUGUUUUUGUUUUCUCAGUUACUUUUGUCAUUGACAACAAAUGCUCUGCUUAAUUAUAGUUAUUCCUUGUGCUUUCAAAGAUUUUGUCCUUUCCCCUGCUUCCAUCUCCUGUGGAGAAACAUCUCAAGACAUCUCAGAACUGUGCCAAACGCUCUGUGGGAUCCUUGCAGGAUUUUUGCUAGGCUCCUUAGGGCAAGAGUAGGGUUUCAAAAUCUAUCUCAAAAUAAGCAACUACCAGCCCCAUGUACUACAAAUACCUUAAAACCAUACAUGACUUCAGUAGAGGAUUCUGGGCACAGCUAUGUCAUGGGAGGGAGCACGGAGAUUUCUCUGCUGUGCUACAAAGCCUCUGCUCUAUGUGGUGUUCCCUCGAGUUUCAGCUGUGCUGAACUGUUUGGUGUGAGAAUUGACUCUACCACACCUUCAGUGGCAGCUCAAGCUAACUUAUGAUCAAAGCUGAAAUUCGGGGCAUCUUGUGACAUUUGGAAAGGACAUAGUGAAAACUCUAAAUGUUAUUGGGUCAUGGAGAAAGGAUGCGGUUGGUGUUGGUGCGCACCCAGCACAUAAAGAGCUUGGGUGCUUCUAAAUACACUUGUGCCCUCUUUUUUCUUUUUUUAUGAACAGCGUUCGAUCCCAGUAUUGUAGAGCCAGCUGGGAAAGUGUGGAGGAAGAAGAGCUAUAAAGAGCCCUUUCCAACAGCCCUGUUCCAGGAACCCUCCCACUCAGGUCAGAAGCUGAGAGAAAUUACUUUCCUGAAGAGGGUCAACUGAGGGGCACAAACCCAUCCCUAUGGCUCCCAGCGUGAAGGGUUGUCCUUAAGUAGCCUUGUUGCAUAGGGCUGUGCCUAAAGAGUCAUAUUAACCCAUAAGAAUUUUCUGAAGAUAACAGUAUUUUCAUGCAUUUCUUAACCAAAUAAUGGAUUUUCAUGGUUGGGAUGUUCUUUUGCAGACUAUUAAGCUUUCCCUCCCAUAUACUUAAAAGACACUGUUUUUUCAUUAAAUGUGAUUUUUUUUUUCUCACUUUGUUUCUGGAAGUUUUUAACUUCAACUGGUUAGUUUUCCUUCACAUCUUUUUUCAUUAUGACUGCCUUUAAAAAACACUGAUCAUUAUAUGUCUCUUUUAUGCUCUUGGCUUUUAUUAGUGUGACCAGUAAUGGAACUGAUUCCAACCAUAGUGACUCUGCUUUCACAGUCAGCCAUAUUGGUCAGUGGAUGCCUUUCCCUCCCACAGAGAAAAGCUAAUUGUUGGUCUAAAUUUACUGCAGCAAAUCAAAAAAAAUUUAUCUUACAGCCAUUGGUGCCUUUCCAUCAGUAAAGUCAGUAAGAACUCAUUCUCACGCCUUUGGCCUCUGGUUUGGACCAUUAUAAGGAAAGGGGAUUGUUAGAAAAAAAUAAUACCCUUCCUACUCUUUCCAGAGAACGCUGUUCUUACAGGCAAAUCCCCCAAACCAGAGGUAAAGAUGAAAGCGCAUUAGUAGUGGACUAACAGAGGCAGGGAGAAAAUCUGCCAUGGAGUGGAUGGUAGGAGGUCAAAGUUGCUUCGUUGCAGAGAGCAUUGGGUGCUCCUACACUGCCUUGCCUGGUUCUUAGCACAUGGGAGGAAAGGAGAGGCCCAGAGAGAUGGGGUUCAGCCCCCAAGGGAGCAAGUGAGGAUGUGCUUAACAUGGAGAACAGUCUGAGACUGGUUAAUGGUACAAGAUUGGCUAAGACAAUGUCAGGAGAAACAGUCCUCUU